AUGGCGCGUUUCAAACUCGUGUCCUUCCUGCUAGUCACUGCCACGCUUAUGUUUGUCGUGUCGGCGGAAGCUCAACUGGGAUGGCUUGGCAAUCUAUUGGAAACCGUGACGGGUGUUGUGGCAAAUACCGUCUCAUCAUUAGUGAAAGUCGUCAACAAUCUCCUCUUCGACUCGCGCAAGAUCCUCGUCAUCAUGAAGGAAGGUACCGGUCCGAUAAUCACUGCUGCUGCCAACUCCAGCGCUGCCAUUUGGACGGAGGCUGAGCGCGUUCAAAACAUCCAAAACAUCGUCGAUGCACUCAAGCAACACACACAAGAGUCACAAGGUCCGCUGAUCCAACUCCUAACGACAGCGGGGAUUCAGUUCAAAAGCCAUUGGAUCACAAACACGCUCGAAGUGUUGGACUGCCCGCUUGAGCUCAUUGAACGAGUCCUGGCUCUACUGUCAGUGAAAGAGGUCAUCUAUGACAUUAUCAUUAGUCUGGACCCUCCCGAGCCUGCGAUCGACUCACCAAGCAACACUGCGGCUGCAGGGUGGGGUGUUAAUAAGAUAAAAGCGGCGAACGUCUGGGCCACAGGCAACACCGGUCAGGGUAUCGUCGUCGGGAGUAUCGAUACCGGUGUGCGUGGCACUCAUGAGACUCUGGUGAAUAACUGGAUCGGACCGUACGGAUGGUACGAUCCGGUGCAAAAGACGGCGACCCCUUUUGAUACCAAUGGCCAUGGAACGCACACGCUGGCUACAAUUGUCGGUGGAAAGGGAGUGGGAGUCGCUCCUAGUGCCAAGUGGAUGGCGUGCAAGGCCUGUGGGUCUACGUGUACGCUGUCUCUGCUAAACAUUUGUGCGCAGUACAUGCUGUGUCCGACGGACACGAACGGCAACAACUGUAACCCUGCCAAGGCCCCACACAUUGUGAGCAAUAGUUGGGGAUCCGGCCAAGGCCUGACGUACUUCCAGCCGAUGAUUGAUGCGUGGCACGCCGCCCGUAUCAUCCCGGUCUUCUCGGCCGGCAAUUCGGGUGCAAAAGGAUGCAGCUCUGUUGUGUCACCGGGUGACUCGGCCAGGGUCUUCUCUAUUGGAGGCAGCGAUACUAGCGACGCCCUGGGGGCCUUCAGUAGCAUUGGUCCUGCUGUAAACGGACUUGUUAAACCCGACUUCGUUGCCCCCGGAGUGAGUAUCCGCUCUGCUUGGAAAGUGUUGCCGAGAGCUGCCUUGGUAUGCGGUGCUAUUCCGGACACGGUCUUCCCUAACAAUGAGUACGGAUACGGCCGCAUCAACGCGCUGAAUGUUGUGAAUGCGGCUCUUGCGUUCUAA